UCGACGUCAGCUGGGUGGUGAGCUUGGUGCUCCGGGUCACAUUGUUGCUGUCAAAAUCUGUCAAAAUGCUCUCAGUACAAGUGAACGAAGGAUUUUAGUCUAAAUCGGCGCCCAAAUAUUUGCUCGUCUGUUUCGCCGUGAAAAUAAAAUUCUACUGCAAGUUGCACCAACACCCACCCAUGGCUCAAUCUUGUAGUGUAUUGGGGUGCCCAACCAAAACCAAGGGAGUAGAUCCUGGACAUUUAAAAUUUUAUAGAUAUCCUAGAGAUGCAAGUCUUUUGGAAAAAUGGAAAAUGGCCUUAAAAAACAAUGGUGCUAAAGCACGUGAUCGUAUCUGCAAUCUUCAUUUUACUGAUAGUGACUUUAAGUUAACAAAUUUAGGAUGGAAAGUGUUGAUACCGAGUGCUGUUCCGACUUUGAAUCUUCCAGCGGAAGGUGUUAAUCAGGAACCUCAUGAAGCCCUGAUCCCAAUCAAGAUGGAGGCGGAAGAAUGCAGUAGCACUUGUGCGGACCAACAAGAGGCUGAUGAAUGCAGUGGCGAUAUUCCAUCAACAGUUGAAGCUACAAAGGAAAGCUGCAAAUACGAACUUUAUUCAUCAACAGAUGAAGAAAGCAAUUCAUCUCAUGACUCUGAAUCUCCUGAGAGAUCAGAUAUUGCAAAUCUUAAAUAUUCUGAUAGACCAAGUAUUGGGAAGGCCCAAAAUAUUAGAAGAUCAAACAUUGUGAACACAGGCUAUAGAAAGCUUAGUCGUUCAAAAACUAAGUUCCUCUGUUGUCAGUCUUGUAAUAAGCAGUUUGAUACACGCCUUUUGCUUUUAUUGCACAUGAGUGUACACUAUGAACAACCUUCAUUUCCAUGUCUUCAAUGUAAAGAAAAAUUUGUCUCUCAAUCAAAGCUUAAAAAACAUGUAUGUAAGUGGACACCAAGACAAAAGCAUCGUGAAGGAAAUCUUGGUGAGACUGUAGAGGAACUACCAUUCUACUGUGAUCAAUGCGGUUUGACCUUCAACUGUAGAAGCUAUCUUGACCAUCACAUAGAAGCAGCAAAGCAUCUUGAUUCACACUGCGGUUCAUGUGCUGCUGUAUUUUCAUGUAAGGCCUCUCUCAGAAGACAUGUUAAAUCUCAUCAUUUGGGUGAUUAUUUUGUGUGUUCUGAUUGUGAUCGUGUUUUCGGAACUAUUGAAAAAUGGGUCUCUCACAUUGGUCUGCAUGGACGCCUUUACGAGUGUCCAGAAUGUUGUAAACAGCAUAAGGGAUUUUUGGGAUUGGUUGCACAUUUAAAAUGUCAUAAUGAAUUAAUUUUUUAUGCCUGCAAUUUUUGUGCAUUAUUAUUUUCUUCAAUUAAAGCUGCCGAAGCUCAUAAUCAAAUGAAGAAACAUAGGGGUGCUUUAGCUGAUUGUUACUUUUGCAAGAGAGGCUUUCCUCCAGGGUGUACACAUCAAUACUACCAUGACCAUCAGCUUUUCACAGGUGAAUCAACUCCCUGUGGCCAAGAAGAAACUAAAAACAUGUGCAUUGAGAGAAAUUCACAACAUUGGUCUGAACCUAAAAUAAAAAUAAGAGAAGCAGAAGAUUGCAAUAUGGAAAAAUCUGCUUUGAUUCAAAGUCAGUCUGAUAAUCAAAUGAACUGUGUUUAUUCAUCUGUUGCCAUAAAGGAAGAAAUCCCAGAGGAUGACAUAAAAAAUAAUGUUAUAUUAGAAAACGUAGCUAUUAAGUGUGAAGAUUGUAACGAAGUGUUAGCGAGCGACUCUGAGAUGAAAUUACACCAAGACCAACACAAGAGUAGGGGUGACUUUAGUUGUAUUGAGUGUGGUAAACAAUGCCAUUCUAAUGCGGCACUUACGGAACAUUAUAGAGAUCAUGUCAAAAAUGAGGCUGAUGAUAUUUCUAGCUCUGGAGAAAGUGAAUAAGAGUUUCAAAGCAGUCUUUUUUUCUCUGUAUAUAUGUAUAUAUUCUUCUUUCAAUGAAAUUGUUUGAAAUCUCCUGUUACGAUUUUGACUUUUACCGAUGAAUUAAAAAUUAAACAACUGUUGCA